GUUCACUGGAUCCCCGCCCACCGCAGCAUCGAGGACUACAUCGAGCGCGACCUCAGCCCAGCACAUUACCUGGGCAACAUGUGGGCCGACUGGUUUGCCAGGCGCGGUGCAGAUUCGCACGCGCCGCCCAAGGUCUAUGAGGAGAUCUACAAGGCGGAGAUCGUCUUUGCCAAGAAGGUUGCCUCGUACAUCGGCUGGGCCAUGCAGCGCGCACUGAAGGUGGGCAAGUGGGAGCCUGAUGUGUCGGACGCACCGUCGCGUCUCAAGGAGUUCAAGCAGCCGCCUGUGCAGGUCACGACCUACGUUGUGGCCAAGCUGCGAGAUGGCUCUUUUGUCUGCAGGCGCUGCGCGCGACGUUCCAGUUCGGUGUCAAGGGAGGCGUGGAACUUCUACCUUCGUGCUCCGUGCUUGGCCAACAGGGUGGACGAGCUGCGCGCGGAGGCCAUGAUCCAGUUCUGUGGCGCCACCGGGGUCCAGAUCUCUGCCGCAAGUGCUUUUGCCAUGGGCGCUCUUGAUCGUGCUGAGUGUGAGGCAACUGGCGAUGGCUGGGAGUCCACGCCUGGCCUUGAUCGCGCUGCCGAGCCGCUGGUCUCAGAAUGGCACUCCGCCGACAUGCACGUCUGCAAUGGGCAUCGGCUCCGUCGCGCGGGGCCCACCGUCUUCUGCGAGGUGUGCGUGGCAUGGUCGGGCGGAGGCGUGUCCAAGCAGCUGAUGGCCAGCUGCGGAGGCGCGCCCACUGGAGAGGCGAAGGGGAAGACCUACCUCUCCAACAUCAAGAGGGCGUUGAACUCACGUUGCGUGCGCCAGUCGCUGACGCACUCGAAGCAGCGGCUGCUGGACUGCCUGCAGGUCUUGCGGGGCAUGUACCCCGCGCUGAUCCAGGGUGUGGUUCAGGCCGUGAAGCUCGGGCGGCGGCUG